CACAGCAGCGUCCCUCACAUCUGGACAUUCACUCUCAUCGCUGAUUCUGUUGCUCUUCGUCUGAUCGCGCCUCCAGGAGGAUGAUGAUGCCACCGUGUGCGUCCUCCUGGUAAGAAGAAAAAGAAGAAGAGGAGGAAGCCGUACACCUCUAAACCGUCAACUGGACCACACGUUUUCGGUAGGAUUUGGGUUCUGGAGGCGGGUUUCGGCAAAGGUUCGGCAGGAGGACAGACGGAGGAUUCAUGCGCCGGAAUGCGCCGAGGAACAGCCUCCAAAGACGCACAGGAGGCGUGUGCAACCCCCGCUGAGCUCCGGAUAUGUAGCUGUGGAUGUUUGGAAAGAAGGGAAGCAAUAACACUGACUGACUGACUGAUGAGACAAUAACAAGACUGAGCUGUCAUUUCUUCCAAAGUCAAAGAGACUCUGUUCCACUCUACUUCCAGCCCACUUUCUGCUCACAGGAAACUCGUGUGACUUGGUCUUACUGCACAUCGUCCACACAUCAGUCUUCCAGCAGCUGCACAGUGAGGAGGGUGCACCACCCUAUAUAAAUAGUUGAACAAAGGCUCCUUUUGGAGGCCGAAACCUGAGAGCAGGACUGAUUCCUCCCUCUGGUAACCCAACACUGCCAGACAGACAGACAGACAGAGGCUGGACGGACUGAUUUAGAUCCUGGGAGGUGUCGGGCUGUACAGGUGCUUCAGAAGUGUGAGCUUGAAACUACACAAGCAGAAGAAGAAGAAGAAGAAGAAGAAGAAGAAGAAGAAGAAGAAGAGGACCACACCCAGCAGUAUCCAGACACAGCCUCCUCAUCCCAGACUUUAAAUUGUGGUCAGGACGUCUGAGGCCUGUCAGAGCUCUGAGGUGUUGGAUCUGCCCGUUUGUGUGUCUGUUUGUGUGUCUGUUGUGUGCGUCGAGGCCACCGAGACCCUCCAGGAUGUCUGCAGGACGACACCUGCUGCCUCUGGCCCUGCUGGCCCUUCAAGCAUCUUUGUGCCAUGGAGCCUGCGUGGAGGUGGACUCGGACACGGAGGCCGUGGCCAACGAAGGCUUCAAGCUGGGCUGCAUCUCCUGUAAGAUGAGAGGCGAAGUUCCCGCCACGGCCUCCGUCAAAUGGUACUUCAAGGCUUCAGAUGAGACCGAAUUUUCAGAAGUAAGAGGUCAAAUGAUGCAAGAAAGUUUUGAAAAUGUUGCACUCUGUAAAGAAACAGUUUCUUGUGUUGAGAAGUAGCAGAGAAGAUCGAUCCCACUCUUGUGUCCGUACAGCAAAUACAAGCGCAGAACUAGAAUACAGCUAGCCUUGCUGA